GAAGGCGGAGGAGGAGGAAGACGAGGAAGCUGACUCGUCGCUCAGCCUGGACGCGGAGCUGCCAGCUGGACAUUUUAUUUGCCGUGAGCCGAAAGGAAGCAGCGCGUAGCGGCUGUUUGUGUUCACGGUCCUCCUGCAGCCGCGGAGGGGUGAUGAAGAGCCGGACGGUCUGAACCCGGAAGAAGAAGAAGAAGACUGCCUAGGCUCAGUCAUGGAUGCAGAGAGCGGCGAGCUGUUUCUCGGCGGCAGCGUGGCGGCAGACAGCUGGCAGCUCGACGCUCCUUUCUCCUGCGCCGACCUCGUCUUCAGCGGCUCAGAGAAACCCCUGCAGGACUGGGCAGCGGACCCCACCUGUACGCUGAACGACAGCGAGUCGGAGGACGUCCUCCACGGCGUCGACCCAAACGAGGUGUUUCCCACCGGGCCGCCUGCAGACCCCUCGUCUGAGAGCGACAGCGGCAUCUCUGAGGACCCUGUGGUGGAGAGUCGCGUCGCCACGGUGGCAGCGGUUACCGUGGCGACCACCCAGCCGGCCCCAGCGACCGUCUAUCAGGUGGUUUAUGACAUCGGCGGCCUGAGCGGCGUGACAACUGAACCCGGACAAGAGAACGUCAUCUCCAUAGAGCUUGAUGAAUGGAGCUCUCAGGUGUUGUUAUCAGACUCGUGCAUCGUGAACGAGCUGCCCGGCGGUUUGACCGCCGUCGACCAUCCGAGCCCUGACGGCGACCUGCUGUACCCAGAUCUGCAGCUGACCGAGGAGGAGCAGAAGCUGCUCACACAGGAGGGAGUUUCUCUUCCCAACAACCUUCCUCUCACCAAGGCCGAGGAAAGAAUCCUGAAGAGAGUUCGGAGAAAAAUCCGCAACAAGCAGUCGGCUCAGGACAGCCGCCGGAGGAGGAAGGAGUACAUCGACGGGCUGGAGAGCAGGGCGGCAGCUUGCUCAGCACAGAACAAGGAGCUGCAGAGGACCGUGGAGCAGCUGGAGAAACGCAACAUGUCUCUGCUGGCUCAGCUGCAACAGCUUCAGGCUCUCAUUAAACGGACGGUCAGUAAAGGAGCCCAGACCAGCACCUGCUUACUGAUCAUCCUGGUCUCUCUGGGUCUGAUCAUUCUGCCGAGUUUCAGUCCGUUCGGCCGCGGCUCGUCUGCAGAAGACGAAUACAGACCCACAGGAGUUAUUUCCAGAAACAUCCUGACGGACCCCUCCUCAUCCCAGCCCACAGCAGACGACGCUGGCGGUCCGGCUGUCCAGUCCGACUCCUCGUCUCCGCCCUCUGAACUCAGCCAGUCAGGACCUUCGGGUGGUACCGCCAUCCUCCAAGAACCAAUAGAAAACAUUGAUAACAUGGCCUUUGAUGGGACGGGCCUGGAGGAGAGCCAAUCAGGGAACAGCUCAACACUUGUUGCCGGGCAGACUGAGCCGCUGGCGCUGGGACUGAGGUCAACUGCAGGGAAAGGAAGCCACGAUCUCUCCAAACCUGCACACGCCGACGAGAUGUAGACAGACCGUCGGCUGAUUGGUCGGGACAGAAUCCGUCAUGUGAUGAGCUGCAGGUGCUCGAACAGCAAAGGACGCUCUGAACGAUCGCCACCGUCAGCGUCAGGGGGAAACUGCUGUCCUGCCUCUGUCCAAAGACAAUCCACCAACCAGCAGCACUAUAGGGGACAGGGGAUCGUGUGCUAGACUACUUCAUGGCCAGGCUAACAGUUUCCCUCUGUUUACAGUCUUUGUGCUAAGCUACGCCAACUGUUGCUUGGCUCUAACCUACAGACAAACAAUCUUCUCGCCUGAAGCAAAUAAGUGUAUUUCCCAAAAUGAUGAACUAUUCCUUCAAACAGGAAACGUUUCACCUGGCUUUUAUUGUAAUUGUGGCCAUUCUGACUUUGUGUCAUGCUAACUUUGCUCUCACUACCAACACUUAAGAGAUGAAUUUCACAGUUUUGCAGAAAUAAUUUCAAAAACUCCCCUCGUUUAGCUAGUGAAGCUAACUCUAUGUGGCUCGAGCUGUUAGCUUCCCGGCUAACCAAACCCUCUCAAAGCUCAUGUCCAGACAACAAACCUUUCACGACAGCUUAGCAAACUCGGCUAGCUCCACGUGUGAGAUCGUUUGUUCUGGAGGGCCAGUCACAGAGCUGCUCACCUGAGCUUACCUGAGGUGGAUCUGUAUUUUGGGAUAUAGUGGAAAUGACCUUGUUGUCACCCCUCAUGGUUACAGCAGUUUGCGCUGAACACCGCACCUACUCAUCUUUGUGUAAUCAGUGAUGAAAUUAAGGGGAAAUCUAAUUCAAACUGGUGUCAUUUUGCUAAUUUAAGUGUCAUUUUAUCCACAGAAGGUUGUUUUCCUGCAUCACGAUAACACACAGCAGUUUAACUGUUGGUUUGAUGUUCCUCAAGAGAACUGAAACACUAGACAGUGUGUGUGUGGUUUGGAACAAAACGUUCUACUGAGGUGAAAUUUGACUUUUUGUAAAUAAUAUUUUGAACAUCAGUUUUCUUUGUUUGAGGGAUUUAUUGAGUGUAAUUCUGUUUUUUUUUAACAAAAGUCUGAAUUCCUUGUGAAUGAAUUAUUGAUUGUUGUUGGGUUGAGUCUAUUUUGGUUCCACUGGAACUGCAGGAUGGGGAUCGGAGCUUUGUCUUGACUUCAGCCUGUAACUGUGACUGUUGUACUUCAGAAACAACCUGUGGCCUUUACUGGAUCCAAGACCGCUUCGUCAUGCCGAUCAGAUGAAACCACCUGGUUUCAAGACUGCAGUGGAACGACACUCCUGUUGUUCAGCUUUAUAAUGUUUGUGUGACACAGCGUCAUUCAUCAGUUUAUUUUUCAUUCUUUAUUAAAAGGGAGCGAUCAA